AAGCUUUCCUGUUCCGUUAAAAAUGUUUGCUUUGCAUUCUUAGACUGCUGAUUCAGGACUUGCUAUUAUUCGUAGGCAAAAUGGUUUUGGGUUUAAGCUCAAAGAACAACAGAAGAUGCUCACCUGUACAAGUUGAUUAUUUGAUCCACAUUCAUGACAUCAAGCCUUGGCCUCCUUCUCAGUCCCUUCGAUCCCUUCGCUCUGUUGUUAUCCAAUGGGAGAAUGGUGACCGCAAUUCCGGUACCACUACUGUUGUUGCUCCUUCUCUUGGUUCCGUCAUUGGUGAAGGCAAAAUCGAGUUCAACGAAUCAUUUAAGCUUCCCCUCACCUUGUUGAAAGAUGCCUCUGCUCGGAACAAAGGUGGUGGUGAUCUCUUCUUCAAGAACGUCUUAGAGCUCAACUUAUACGAGCCUCGCAGAGAGAAAACACACCAGCUUUUGGCAACUGCCACCAUAGAUUUGGCCGUUUAUGGUAUUGUCAAAGAAAGUUUCAGCUUAACUGCUCAAAUGAACAGUAAAAGAAGCUACCGCAAUGCCACUCAGCCUGUUCUGUACCUCACUAUUCAACCCGUUGGUAGACGCAGGGCCAGUUCUUCUUCAUCUAUCAACAGCUUCAAGGAUGAAACCAAGAAUGGCGGUGAGUCUGUUUCUGCCUUGAUGAAUGAGGAAUACUAUAAGGAAGCUGAGAUUGCUUCCAUCACAGACGACGACAUUUCCUCCCACUCAUCCUUGACAGUCUCAUCUUCUACUUUAGAGUCUAAUGGUGGUUUUUCUGUGCGAACCGAAGAGGAAGAACAUGAGAGAAUAAACAAGGAUCCCAGAGGAAAUGGCCACGAGAGAUCACAAUCAGUGUCAGAGACCAGACAAGGAGAAAUUUCUGACCAGAUUCCAUCACGUUCCAUGUCAGUAGAUCUAUCUUCUGUGUUUUAUCUCCCGGGGGACAUUCCUGAUUCUGCACCCAACACUUCUGUGUCUGGGCUGGAGGAGUGUGCUAAUGUGUUUAGAACUGAUACCAGUGAGAGCUCUAAGCUGGUAAGUAACAGUCAGCAAAAUAACGGAGAUACCAAGUCUAUGCCUUUACAGAUUGACAAUCUCUCUGAGACUUCGCCUCGAGCCUCUGAGAAUAGUCAAGGUUUGAUCAGUGAUCAGGAACCAGAGAGUACAGUUGAGAAAUCAAGAAAGGUGAAGUCUGUUCGAUCAUCCCUGGAUAUUAACCGGAGCAAUAGCCGGUUGAGUUUAUCCAGUGAUAGAAAAGAAGCUAAGGUGUAUCCAAAGUCUACAUACGACACAACUUUGGAGAACAAAAUCAAGAACUUGGAAAGUAGAGUACAGAAGCUUGAGGGUGAGUUACGUGAGGCUGCAGCCAUUGAAGCAGCUCUCUACUCCGUGGUUGCAGAGCAUGGAAGUUCAUCAAGUAAAGUCCAUGCACCUUCUAGACGUCUUUUGAGGCUGUAUCUUCAUGCUUGUAGAGAAACCCAUCUCUCAAGAAGAGCCAAUGCAGCUAAAAGUGCUGUCUCCGGGUUAGUUCUUGUUGCCAAAGCGUGUGGAAACGAUGUCCCCAGAUUGACAUUUUGGUUGUCAAACACUAUCGUUCUGAGGACAAUCAUUAGUGAUACUAGUGCAGAAGAAGAACUGCCUGUUUCGGCUGGUCCUGGACCAAGGAAACAGAAGGUUGAAAGAGAAACUGAAAAACGAUCGUCCUUGAAGUGGAAAGAUUCCCCUUUGAGCAAAAAGGACAUUGAGAGUUUUGGUGCCUGGGAUGACCCUGUAACUUUCAUAACAGCGCUUGAGAAGGUCGAAGCUUGGAUCUUCUCACGUGUAGUAGAAUCAAUUUGGUGGCAGACUUUGACACCGCGUAUGCAGUCUUCAGCAGCAUCAACUAGAGAGUUUGAUAAAGCCAAUGGCUCUGCAUCAAAGAAAAAUUUUGGUAAGACGCCGAGUUCUAUGAACCAAGAACAAGGUGAUUUCUCAUUAGAGCUUUGGAAAAAGGCAUUCAGGGAGGCACACGAACGUUUAUGCCCUCUGCGAGGUAGUGGGCAUGAAUGUGGCUGCUUACCCGUUCCUGCGCGUCUGAUAAUGGAACAGUGCGUGGCUCGGCUAGAUGUUGCUAUGUUCAAUGCUAUCCUUCGUGAUUCUGAUGACAAUUUCCCAACAGACCCUGUAUCUGAUCCCAUUGCAGACUUGAGAGUCUUGCCAAUUCCUUCUACAACAUCAAGUUUUGGUUCUGGUGCCCAGCUGAAAAACUCGAUAGGAAACUGGUCAAGGUGGCUCACUGAUCUAUUUGGCAUUGAUGACGAAGAUGAUGACAGCAGCGAUGAGAAUAGCUAUGUUGAUAGAUCGUUCAAGACAUUCAAUCUUCUCAAGGCGUUAAGCGAUCUAAUGAUGCUUCCAAAAGAUAUGCUCCUCAACAGUUCUGUGAGAAAAGAGGUUUGCCCGAUGUUUGGUUCCCCGUUGAUCAAGAGAGUGUUGAAUAAUUUUGUGCCAGAUGAAUUUUGCCCUGACCCAGUUCCUGAUGCUGUACUUAAAUCUCUUGAAUCCGAGGAGGAAGCUGAGAAGAGUAUGAUCACAAGCUAUCCGUGCACUGCACCUCCUCCAGUGUACUCUCCACCUUCACGGACUUCAAUCUCCACCAUCAUUGGAGACUUUGGACAGCCUCAAGCGCCGGAGUUAAGCAGAAUCAGGUCUUCAAUUACAAGAAAAGCGUACACAAGCGAUGACGAGCUUGAUGAGCUGAGUUCACCGUUGGCUGUUGUUGUUCUUCAACAAGAAGGUUCUAAGAAGAUCAAUAAUGGUGGUUCAGAUGAGAUAGUCAGGUAUCAACUUCUCAGGGAGUGUUGGAUGAACGGCGAAUGAUCAGACAUUGAUGUGUUUUGUCUUUCAGUUUCCACUUGUGACUGGUUGUAAAUGUCUCGUGUCAAAAAUCUUCUGUCAGUUCGUUGUUUUUGGUGUUGCCAAUGUAUAGAAUGAAGACAGUAGUAACAG